GAAAACAGCUGUUUUGUUAUGAAUUCGUUGCACUUACAAAUUGUUCCGCUUAAGCAUUAAAUAAUUAACUAUUUAGUAUUUGUGUUGAAUAAUUGAAUAUAUUUACUUUCGCUCCUCCAGAGAAUUCACAACAAAACCUACAGCAAGAUGAUGCGCUACGAGGGUGAUGAAAAAUUGGCGGAUACCACUGCAUGUGCAGGUGUUAGAGCCGAUUUGAAGAUGUGCCUGCUAGAAAGUGAUUGCUGCCGUGUAGACAAGCACACACCGCGUGAGUGUCUAAAAGAAAACAAUGUGCCUGAGGAAUGUCAAGUACUACGCAACCUAUUCUUCGAGUGCAAACGCUCGCUGCUCGAUACUAGACAACGCUUCCGUGGGCGCAAGGGUUACUGAUGGAGACUUAUAAUAUACGUAUUAAAUGUCGUUUGGCCAACCGUUAGCUUUUACGUUAAUAUUCUUUUAUUUCAUAAUUCAAAUAAAAAUAUACAUUAAAUAUUAACCUAAACGAA